GCGCAGAAGGAGUGACAAGGCUCGAGUGACGUAGCUUCCUCCACAUGGUCAUCUACCAAGCGGACGAGCGGCGACGUAGCGAACGGACAAGAGAGACCCUCUCGUCAGACGAGGAGGAGGAUGAUGAUGCGCUCCUCGACAGUCUCGAGAAUGACCUGGAUAUGCAAGGUUUCCGCGAGAAGCGCAUAGAGGAAUUGCGUCAACUGUGCGUUGGCUGGAUGCUCGCCUGCACAACAGCUCUGAGUCGGCAUAUGCAGCCAAGUGCAAGCACAGGCGCGACAAUUGAGCAACAGUGGCCGCCUGACGACUGUCACAAUCGAAAAAGAGCUCAUCACCAGGACAGCGUAUGUGGACAGCACGCCGCAUGCGCAGGAACUCAGAAGAACUUGCUAUCAACAGUAAAGCCCGGCUCUCGAUAGUGCACUUCUUCCAUGUCGACUUUCGACGGUGCAAGAUCAUGGACAAACACCUUACUACGCUAGCAGAGCGAUACCCAGACACCGUGUUCUUGCGGAUAGACGUAGCCAAUGCGCCGUUCCUCGUGAACAAGCUACAAGUCAAAGUCUUGCCCUGCGUCUUCUGCUUCAUCGACGGCGCCAACAAAGAUCAAAUCGUCGGCUUCGAAGGUCUAGCGAACAAAGAGACUGAUGACUUUUCCACAGCGGAGCUCGAGCUGCGACUCAAGCAGUCCGGCGUCAUUUCGGCCAUCAAGCAAGCUACAGUUCACUCCAUCUUGGGACUGGACAAGACGAGAUCGGACGACCUCGAUCUAGAUUGAGCAGCAUUGUAUGAUGUUGUACAAGAGCUGCACGUUGUACAUUCUAGCA